AUGGGCGGUCUGGGCAUCCCUAAUGCAAAAUUAUACUACAGAGCCUCGUUACUCGCACAGGGCAUAUCAAGCCUUGAGAGGACUUCUCCCCCAUUAGAAAAUGCCUGUGUAACCCGAGGAACGGUGGAACAUGCCCUUUGGGCUGGCUCCAUAAAGACCGAUAGGAAUAACAAUAUGCUGCCCUCCACUAAAACCUUACUCCGCAUAUGGAGACAGGUCACCCCUAAACUUAUGGAUGAUAAUGACUUACUGUACGCAGAUCCCUUACAGGCCAUUGCCUCACGCAUGACAGACCUGAACUUAGAUCCAUGGAUAAAACAGGGUGCCCUUUAUGUACGUUCUCUAUACAACAAUACAGGCAUUAAGCCAUUUCCCGAGCUACACAUGGCUCAUUCCUUACCACCUAGGAAAAAUAUUCACUUAUCUACGCAUCAGAAAUAUUCUGCAUGA